CCGGAGGGGAUGAAACGACGGGUCAACCCGGCAGAAUGUGGGAACCGCUCAAAUUCAUAACGAGCCUUCACUUUUCAAAGCCAAACAACAUAACGAGUCAAAAAGUUUUCAAACACAUCCUGGUAGUUGUGAUCAUCGUCGCGGCUUUUGCCUAUGUGUCCCUCCUUUCUGCGCGAGUGUCAGAUGGAAAUCUCUAUAAGAAAAAUUCUGAAUGGCAUUUCCAUGAAAGAAAUUCAAGAUUAAGGAGGGAUGAUGACAGUAAAUUCCGAAGAAUGUCUGCCAGCUUGCCAGAUACAUCAUCACAGGCUUUCUCAACACCCUUUGCAGAUCAAACCUUUGGUGUAGAAGGAGAAAUUGUUCCAGUUUUCUUCCACGUUUACUCUGUAGGCCAGUCUCUUCAGUGCCUAACAAAGGAACUCUUAUCACAAAGUCUUGUGGAUCCAAAGUUUCAGUGGACAGGCCCAAAUGGACUGAUUACUAAAGAAUCUCAGAGAUUCAUCUUCACCGACAGUGGAAACUUGUUGUUUGACACCAUUUAUGUAGUAGAUUCUGGAAACUAUACCUGCAACCUCACAUACACACUCGAUCUAAAACGAACAUCAACCCUGGUCAGAUAUACCGUCUAUGUGUAUCACAAUCCAAAGAAAAGUGUUCGCCUAGAAGCUGAUUUCUACACAACUAAAUGCAACAAUAAUGAGAUAACUAAGUUUGAGAAACAUUUGCAGAAGCAGCUGGAAGAUGCUAUCCAUGACCUGCAGUGUGAAGUGCACCACUGGAAUUCAGCCUGCCACAGCAUCAAACCCUCAAAGACACCAAUGAGCCAUAUAUUUAAUUUCCAAUUCAUUGUAUUUCCAUUUGCACUUGGCUGGGCCGACCAGUGUAAUGAUUCACAGUGUGACCAACAGUCUGAAGAUCGUGUCAAAAAGAAUCUUAUAUUAGAUGUCUACUCUAGUCAACAAGAAAGGAAGAAAACACAGCGCGAGGGAAUGUCUUAUAGAUGAAAUAAGGAAAGAUCACAUAUUUUGGCUUCUGGCCUGGAGUCCCAACGGGACAAACCUCCCUCUGAUUUUCCUAGUUGUAUAUCUCAACCCAUGAUCUGUACACUCUAAUCUUAAAUUUGAAGAAUGGUGACUACUAUAUCCAAAGGCAUACACACGAAUCAGAUCAUUCAUUGAGGACUACCCCUUUAAAGGAAGGUUCCAAAAUAUUCAAUAUAUCGCUAACUCUUUAAAUGGUGUGAAGGUGGAUCACUGCAAACCAGGAUUUGGCAAAAACAUCAUAACAAGUGAAAAGUGUGUAGGAUGUUGUGUUGCAUGUCCACCUGGACACUUCAGUGCAAGACAAGACACAAUCUGCACUCCAUGCACCUUCGGUUCAUUUAACAAGCAUUAUGGAAAAACUGAAUGCACAAACUGCCCACGAAAUGAAGCUACUGACAGAAAUGGAGCAACUUCUCAACAGGAAUGUCACUGGAUUAUGUAUCCGUGGAUAUUACCUGUGGCAUCUUCAGUAGGAACUUGCAUCUUUCUCAUUAUCCUUUUGAUAAUAUGCUGGAAGUAUCGCAAGUCACCAAUGAAGGGAAAAUGUGUUCAGGUAAAAAAGGGAGAAGUAAAACAGCAGGUGAAAACACUGGCAAACAUAAUAAGAAGUGUUGACUUACUGGAACAGAAAAGCAAGUUAAGACCAUAUGAAUUUAUUGUUAGGCAUUCACCAAAACACAGAGUGGGAUUUUCAGAUGAUCAAUGCAUUGGUUUAUUAAGUGAUACUGACACUGAAACAUGUAAGACAUUUGGCUCUUUACAAUCUGGUGAAAGCACAUGCCCAGAAAGCAGCUUUGAGGAAUGCAGAUCUCCAUGCACAUCAGACGAACCUUGCUUUAUCUCAAGGAAUUCAACUCCACAGAAGGUAGCAGCUUUCCUUCGGUAUGGAAGGUAGUAGUUCUCAGUGAUGGUUUAAUGUGUGCAGAAGUCUAUAUAGAUGUGAAAUAUCACACUAUUAAUCUGUAAAUUGCUGAAUGUUUUGUAUAUGUCCUUCUUUGAGAGUGUUGUUACUGUAUAUAAUGGUGAAGGAAAAGAAGCUUCUAUUUAAGGUUGAAAUAAGUAUCAUCUUAAUGUAUUGGCUUAAAGAUUUUGAUUCAUCAUUAUUUAACAAAAUAAUGUUAUACAUAUGGACACAUAAGGAUGGGAAUGCUUAUGCUCUGCUAUACGCUCUGGUAUAGCUAAUGUUGCUUGUUAACUUAACAUUACUGAUGAUGAGAUUUCCCACUUGGUUAAAAUAUCAGAUGGGGAAUGGUGAAGAUAAAGGGUCCUAACUAAAGAUUAAAAUAUGGAAUUCUGGUUAUUCUCAAGUAUUUAAGAUGUUCUCAAUGAAAAAGUCACUGUCAACUUUUAUACCUAUUAUUCCACCUCAAAUUUAUAAAACUACUUAUUUUUAACAAACCAAAAAUGCCUUUUUUACUAAAAUUAAUGGUAAUAUCUUAGCCUGAACCAUUUUUAUUAAACUGUCAAACAUAUUUAAUCUCAUUCCCUCAGGGUUUCUUAUUAAUGAUGACUUCAGUUUAAAUAAACUUUUCAAACCUAAUACAUUAUAUCAUUCUGUUAAGCUUAAUUUCUUUUCCAAAUAUAUUCAUAUUAUUUCAUGUACAGUGAAACUAAUAGGGAGGGAAACAAAGUGCUGGUAUUCAUAAUAUAGGCCAAAAUAAAAUCAAACUGAAUUUUUUUAUGGACAUUCCAUGUAUGAUUGAGAAUGAACUAAAAUAAUAUAUUGAGCUUAAAGUUCAAAAGUUACAAACCAUACACCAACUACUCGGUGCCAUAUCAGGGCAAACUAUUGUUUUUAACCAAAUUAUGUUUAGAGUAUUUGUCUCUAUCAUCUCUUAAAAAUAUAGCUCUUCAUAUCAAAUUAAUUUCUGAAAAAGCUCAUUUGGCUUACGAGCUUUACCAUGUUCAGCUGUAAGUCUUGCUCACAAGUUGAUGAUGUAAGAUGUCCUGUGCUCCCUUGUUGCUGAGAUGGAGUUUUACCGCAAUACCAUGAGAAAUACACUUCAAAAGACACAUUCUUUAAUAACAUCCUACAGUACCGCUUUCAAUUUUUUUUUUUAAUUUUUAAUCAGCAAAUUCCAAACCUUGAUCCUGCAAUCAAUAUUUUUCUUAUGCAAUUUAGCAUUGAAAUAGCUGUUUGCAAACAGUUAAAUAUUGCAGCUAGCAAGACCAUUCCUAUAUUGAGGUAUAUAUUUAAUUAGAUAUUGGAAGUCUUUUACAUGUAAGAAUAAUUAUUAUGUGUAUAUGUAUCUCAGUUAUAAAUGCCUUUUAGUAUAGACUCUACCUCUUUACAUAACGUCAAUAUAAGUCAUUGAUAUUCCUCUGAGACAGAAGCUUCUUUAAUAAUAGAUAUUUUAAUAAAAUUAAUUCCAUAAUUUAA